AUGGGCUGUAUGACCCACCCGAUUCUUCUCCCUCCUCUUUCUCCCCCCUCUGCCUCCCGUUUCCACCUCUCCCCUGACCUGACCUGCACCACCUUUCCAGUUGAGGACAGCAAAAUCGACAUCGGCGACUUUUUCAAGGGCGAUUUACCCAAGAAAUUCCUCAUGCUCCUGGGUCUGCUCGCGCUAUCUCGCGUGGGCAUCUACAUUCCCCUGUGGGGUGUUGAUAUCUCUGCCUUCCAGGAGCAACUGGGGGAGGGCUCAUUCCUGGCCACCCUAGAUACCCUCUCAGGGGGCGGAAUUGGACGGCUGGGAUUGUUUUCGCUGGGCAUCGUGCCGUAUAUCAACGCUCAGAUCGUGUUUCAGCUGCUGGGGACGCUGUAUCCCAAGAUUGGGGAUCUGCAGAAGAAGGAGGGGGAGGCAGGGAGGAAAAAGGCGCAGCAGUAUAUGAAGUAUAUGGCAGUGGUGUUUGGUGCUCUGCAGGCCAUAGGACAAGUGGCCUACCUCCAGCAGUACGCCUACGGCCCGUCGGUCGCCUGGGCAGCCAUAGGGCAAGUCGCCUAUCUGCAGCAGUACGCCUACGACCCCUCAGUCGCCUGGGCCGUCUCAGCCGUCUCAGGCCUCACCCUCGGCUCAGUUGCUGUGAUUCUCCUGGGAGACAAGAUCACCGACCUCAAGCUCGGCAACGGCACCUCGCUGCUCAUCUUCACCAACAUCGUCUCCUACCUGCCGGCGUCGAUUGGAAGGACCAUCACAGAGGCUACAGAGCAGGGGAACGUUACCGGAGAGGCGCUGCUGCUGGCGUCGUUCCUGCUUCUCGUCUUUGGGAUUGUCUAUGUCCAGCUCGGCAACGGCACCUCGCUGCUCAUCUUCACCAACAUCGUCUCCUACCUGCCGGCGUCGAUUGGAAGGACCAUCACAGAGGCUACAGAGCAGGGGAACGUUACCGGCGAGGCGCUGCUGCUCGCCUCGUUCCUGCUGCUCGUCUUUGGCAUCGUCUACGUGCAGGUGGGUGGGUGCGGAUGGAUGCGGGUGGGUGCGGGCGGGUGCGAGUGGGUGCAGGCGGGUGUGCUGUUUUCCCCGUACCUGCCGGCGUCCAUUGGACGGACCAUCACGGAGGCAUCUGAGCAGGGGAACGUUACCGGAGAGGCGCUGCUUCUGACCUCCUUCCUGCUGCUCGUCUUUGGCAUCGUCUACGUCCAGGAGGCAGAGAGGCGCAUCCCCAUCAACUAUGCCUCUCGGUACAACAUCAAAACGCGCAACGCUUACCUGCCAUUCAAGGUCAACUCAACGGGAGUCAUGCCAAUCAUCUUCUCCUCCUCUCUCCUCGCAGCUCCCUACUCUCUCAGUUACCCCUUUCCUCUCUACUCUUUUACCCCUUUCCUCUCCUCUACUCUCUUCUCCCCCUCUGCAGGUCAACUCAACGGGAGUCAUGCCAAUCAUCUUCUCCUCCUCUCUCCUCCCAUCUCCCUACUCCAUAACACUCUCUCAUCUGCCCCUCUAUAUCCCCCCGUCCCCCCUCAUGUGAACUCAACGGGAGUCAUGCCAAUCAUCUUCUCCUCCUCUCUCCUCGCAGCUCCCUUCUCUCCCAUUUACCUCUUUCCUCUCCUCUACUCUCCCAUUUACCCCUUUCCUCUCCUCUACUCUCCCAUUUACCUCUUUCCUCUCCUCUACUCUCUUCUCCCCCUCUGCAGGUCAACUCAACGGGAGUCAUGCCCAUCAUCUUCUCCUCCUCUCUCCUCGCAGCUCCCUACUCCAUCGCUCGCUUCACCGGCAGUGCUGCCUUCCAGUCUGCUGCUACGGCUCUCUACCCCGGAGGUAGGUCUGCUCUACCUGCCUGCCAACGUGGCACUCAUCGCUUUCUUCAACUACUUCUACACCUUCCUGCAACUCGACCCUGCUGACGUCAGUGACCAGCUCAAGAGGCAGGGCGCCUCCGUGCCCAAUACCCGUCCUGGCAAGGCAACAGCGGCGCUCAUCACCAAGGUCCUCACUCGCAUUUCGGUGCUCGGGUCGGCGUUUCUUGGCACGAUGGCAGCAGCGCCGGCUCUUGUGGAAGGAAUCACUCACCUCACGGCCUUCCGGGGUUUUGCUGGCACAUCCAUCCUCAUUUUAGUCGGAUGCGCUACGGAUACGGCCAGGAAGGUGCAGGCGGAGCUGGUUUCGCAGAAGUAUAGGACGAUCGAGCUAGAUGAUAUCAGUGCGGGUGGUGGAGGGAUUCCGCCACCCAGGUAG